CACUGCUCCCUAGGUACUCUAGGGUAUUGAGGAAACCAUGUCUUCAUGUACCAGACUCUUCCCAGGAGCUAGGAUAUCUCUCCCGGUGCCCUGGCGCCUGGGAACUCGGUUUCCCGUCGUUGCGAAUGGACGCCUGGAGCGCGUAAGAGCGUUGAGUACGAACAAGGUCGACAAGAAACUAGUUGAAAAGCUGCCAUUGGCUGGUAUUCGGGUGUUGGAUCUGACCAGGGUUUUGGCAGGGCCAUACUGUACACAGAUACUGGGAGACUUGGGGGCAGAGAUAAUAAAGGUCGAGCAUCCAACAAGAGGUGAUGAUACACGUGCUUGGGGCCCACCUGAUGCGCCUUACAUUGAUGGCGUCGAGCGUCAGUUCCCCGGCGAGAGCGCAUAUUAUCUUUCCGUCAACCGCAACAAGAAGUCCCUAGCGCUGUCUUUCAACAACCCUGCCGGUAUCAACAUCCUCCACGAAUUGGUACGAAAAUGCGACGUCCUCGUGGAGAACUAUCUCCCAGGGAGCCUUGCCAAGUACAAGUUAGACUACGCUACUUUGUCCGAACUGAACCCCUCAUUGAUCUACGCCUCUGUGACUGGUUACGGCCAGACUGGACCGUACAGCGACAGGGCAGGCUACGAUGUUAUGGUCGAGGCUGAAAUGGGACUGAUGCAUAUUACGGGCGAAAGGGAUGGGCCGCCCGUAAAGGUUGGUGUCGCAGUGACGGACUUGACGACAGGCAUGUACACCGCGAUUGGGGUUCUUUCGGCGUUGUACGCAAGGAAGGAGACAGGGCUAGGACAGUGGAUCGAUGCAAGCUUGAGCGAUUGCCAGGUUGCGAGCCUGGCAAAUAUUGCCAGUUCGGCGCUGGUGAGCGGCAAGAAGGACAGCGGGAGGUGGGGAACAGCGCACGCAUCGGUUGUGCCUUAUAGAGCGUACAAGACGAAAGACACAAAUAUCGCAGUGGGUGGAUGCAACGACAAGCUUUAUGGCAUUCUCUGCGACAAGAUCGGCAAACCGGAAUGGAAGACGGAUGCCCGCUUCGUCACAAAUGCUUUGCGUGUCCAACAUCGCGAUACGCUUGACGGGAUGAUCGAAGAUGUUCUCAAAACGAAGACUACACAGGAGUGGUUGGAGAUUUUCGAAGGGAGCGGUAUGCCCUACGCAGCCGUGAAUGAUAUUCAAGGGACCAUCAAUCAUGAGCAUGUCUUGGCGCGAAAUAUGAUCGAGCGAGUGAACCAUCCUGCCUGCGGCCCACUGAAACUCGUCAAUCAUCCCGUCAAGUACUCUCGCGCCGAGCCCAAGAUUCGGAGCCCACCGCCACUGCUAGGACAGCACACAGAUGAGGUGUUGAAGGAGUUGUUGGAUUUCACCGAUGAAGAGAUCAGUGAUUUGAAGCUGAAAAAGACAAUUGCAUAGACGCAGUCAUAGAUUUGGGACACUUCAGGACCACGCCAACUGACAAAAGGGACCACCCU